AUAAUAUCGUAGUGAAGAAGAGUGCGGAGUCGAAAAAAAUCUUUUGUGUGUUUCGCGUCGGCCAUUAAAACACUUCAGUCAGCACUCCUCGGGGGCGAACUGUCCGCUGCAGCCUGAGCCUUUCGGCGAUGCAGAAAGCCCAAAUCAUCCGCGGAAAGUGGCUUUUUUAUCGCGUUUGAUUGCGGGACUCGUGUAUACGCACAUGCAUACUACUAGUUAAGUGUAUCGAUAAGGUCGAAGUUCAAUGCUGUAUACGUGAAAUUUUAAGAUUUUUAGAGACGACUUUGGCGGAGCACCUUUUUUCCUCUGGAUGUAAGAAGAAAAAUCUUGUGAAUCAAAGUGGAAUCAAUAAGAAGAAGUGUUUGUUUCUGUCGUUUGUCAGCGAAUUGUGUGUUGUGUUGCUAAAGUGUCAAUAUAUUUUUGGAUCUCUGUCAUUUUUUGAGGGAAGUGUUACUAGGGUCUAUGAACUGUUGAAAGAAGUAUUUUUUGCUGAAGCCGCUGGGAGUAAAGUGAAAAAGCACAUCCGAAAUGGAGGACCCGAACCGGAUGAUGGGGCACGGCCUGGUGCCGCCCAACUAUGGCAUGCCGACUAACGACGGCCAAUCAGUAGACAACGAUCCCCGCCGGCAGGACAUCGGUGAAAUUCUGCAGCAAAUCAUGAACAUCACGGACCAAUCGCUGGACGAGGCCCAAGCCAGAAAGCACACGCUCAACUGCCACAGGAUGAAGCCGGUUCUGUUUGCGGUGCUGUGUGAGAUCAAAGAAAAAACAGUUCUGUCGCUGAGAAACACCCAGGAAGAGGAACCCCCAGAUCCACAGCUGAUGCGCCUGGAUAACAUGCUGAUCGCGGAGGGUGUAGCUGGACCGGAGAAGGGCGGUGGUGCAGGUGCGGCGGCCGCAGCUUCGGGUGCGGCCAACGACUUCCUUUCGCAAUCAGACCUAACCGGGGGGCAGGACAACGCAAUCGAACACUCGGACUACCGAGCCAAGCUGGCGCAGAUCCGGCAAAUCUACCACCAAGAGCUGGAAAAGUACGAGCAGGCUUGCAGCGAAUUCACCACCCACGUUAUGAACCUACUACGCGAGCAAAGUCGCACCAGACCUAUCACACCGAAGGAGAUCGAACGAAUGGUACAAAUUAUCCACCGGAAAUUCAGCUCCAUUCAGAUGCAGCUCAAACAGUCAACUUGCGAAGCUGUCAUGAUUCUGAGGUCCCGCUUUCUAGAUGCCCGGCGGAAGAGACGUAAUUUCAGCAAGCAGGCUUCUGAGAUCCUAAACGAGUACUUCUACAGCCACCUCAGCAAUCCCUAUCCUUCCGAAGAAGCCAAGGAAGAACUGGCCAGAAAGUGUGGGAUUACCGUGUCUCAAGUGUCGAAUUGGUUCGGAAACAAGCGUAUCCGCUACAAGAAGAAUAUCGGUAAAGCCCAGGAGGAAGCGAACCUGUACGCAGCGAAGAAGGCUGCCGGUGCCUCGCCGUAUUCCAUGGGUGGCCCACCGAGCGGAGCGGCCACUCCGAUGAUGUCCCCCGCACCUGCCCAGGACUCAAUGGGCUACUCGCUCGGGUCCGGCGGAUACGAUCAGCAGCAGGCGUACGACGGUAGCAUGGGUUACGAUCCAAUGGGUGGUCAUCAGGAUCUGAGUCCUUGAGAUGCGGAGUACUAAGUGAGAGCGGUCACCCCUAGGAGUGCUCGACAGAGUAGGUCAUAGUGGCGCACAAG